AUGAAGGCCUCAAUAAUUGCUAUACUUGUUGGAGUUACUCUCGUUUUUUCUAAAAAUAAUGAACGCGAUUAUGCUAGUUCUAUUUUGAAAAGAGAUAAUUUGAAUUAUUAUCGCGUUACUAGAGAUUUUUUUCCAAGAGAAUCAAGAGAUUCACUAAAUAAGCUUACAGGAAAUCUUAAGAAAAUACUGGAAGAAGUCGAUAGUCUUUUAAAUGGUAAAAUACAGUGGAAAGAACAUGAUUCCUUAGACGAUUCUUCAAAUGCAGAAAAAUAUAAUAUUUUAGAAGAACAGAAUUCUAGAAUUAUGAGUAUUCUGCAAGGCUAUUUUAUGAAUUGCUAUAGUACAGAUGAAUGUGCAAGAACAAUACAAGAUUAUCGCUCUGCUCUUAAGACUUUUGAAAAUAAAGGAGAAGCAUUUGCUAGGCUAAAUUCAUUAUUUUCAGAUAAAGAUAUAUGUGACAAAAUAUUGAAGCAUCUGGAUAAAUUAUGUACUAUUAUUAGAGAAGAACAAAAUGCAAUUAAUGAUUUUACAAAGGAUGUUUGUCUUAUUCAGCUUUCAAAAUGUCAUGAGCUAGAGGAAAAUUGUAAAAAUAUUUUAAAAGAUUCAUGCAAAAAUGUAAAAGAAAAAUGCAAAGAGAAAACUAUUCUUUCAGGGGAUAUAUUUACUAUGACUCAUACUGUGCUUGUUAUAUCAACAACAGUAACCACAGAAAUAGCGCCUGAAACAUCAACUUGUGUAGAGACAAUGGUAGUGACAGAAACAUGUUGUAUAGAUAGGCCUCCUGCUACCAUGGAACCUGAACCUGAGCCAGAGAAACCAGAAGAACCAACCUCAUGCCCAGAACCUGAACCAAAUCCUGAACCUGAACCUGAACCUGAACCCGAACCCGAACCUGAACCUGAACCUGAACCUGAACCUGAACCUGAACCUGAACCUGAACCUGAACCUGAACCUGAACCCGAACCCGAACCCGAACCUGAACCCGAACCUGAACCCGAACCUGAGCCUGAGCCUGAGCCUGAGCCUGAGCCUGAGCCUGAACCUAAACCAACAACAAUGCCAUCCGAAGAUGAACCAACUACAGAUGAUUCUAGUUGUUCAUAUACGGAGAUAGUAACAGUAACAUCUAGUCCUAUUAAAACAAGUGAGUCUGGAAUAGAAAGUAAAAGUUAUGGACUUCGUGUUGAAAAGUUUCAUGAAAUGAGGGUAAUUUGUUUAAUUAUAGGAAUAACAGCAGGAAUUUGGAUAAUUGUUUAA